AUGGAGGGAGGCCCAGAGGCAGCCUGGGUAUGGUGGAAGGUGCAGUCGUCCCAGAUUGGGGCUCAGCUGAAACCAUCUACAGGAUGGUGGUGGUUACCGUGUGCUGUUAUCCCAGCCUGCCUGUUCCGGAUCAAUGGUUUGUCCUUCAUUUAUCUACUUUUUCUGCUGCUCUUGCCUUGGUUCCUGGGACCCACCAAACACAGCAUCCGAGGUUCUACAGGUCACCUCCUGCGAGCCCUGCUGUGUACCAGCAUCUUCUUCCUCGUUGCCCACCUUGCCUUUCAGAUCUGUCUGCACACAGUGCCUGGCCUGGAUGAGUUGCUGGGAACCAACUGCAGUUCCUGGGAGACUCUGGCUCGUCAUGUUGGGGUCACCAGGCUGAACCUGGAUGACAUCCCCAACACCCUUCGCUUGGUGGCCCCAGACCUGGGCAUCCUUGUGGUCUCCUCCAUCUGCUUGGGCCUCUACAACCGCCUCGUGAAGAAAGCCCGACGAGCCCGGCGCUCAAUGGUCCCAGAGCCACAGGAGCAGGACAAUGAUGAGAGGGAGGCCAGUGCCAACCAUCAGUUUGGGCCACAAGGAGUUCCAGAGGAGGCCUCAAACCGGGCAUCUCGAUUGGCUGUGAAGCUCAGGGUUACCGUCCACUGGCUGCUGAAAGCGACAGGAAACACCCUGGCCAUUGUAUUGCUGGCCCUGGCAGGCAUCACUCUGCCCUCUGCCUUCUCCAGCACCUACUACUUGCUGUUCCUGGGCCUCUGCACCUGGUGGGCCUGUCACUUCCCCAUCAGCCACCUGGGCUUCAAUGCCCUCUGCGUGAUGGUGGGCUGCUUCUCGGGGGGCCACCUCCUCUGCCUCUACUGCUAUCAGACAUCCUUUAUUCAGACACUGCUCCCACCUGCUGGCAUCUGGGCCAGGGUAUUUGGUCUCAAGGACAUCAUCAGCCUCACCAACUGCACCAACCCCAACGUCCUCAUCCUUAACACCAGCCACGACUGGCCCGUCUACGUGAAUCCAGGCGUCCUGCUGCUGCUAUACUACACCGUGGCCUUGCUGCUCACCCUGAGGAGGCUGGAUCCCUCUGACCAGAAGGAGGAUGCUGAGGGAGAACAAGAAGUGGAGCUAAUGGAGGUAGGCCAGGCACCCAAGGGUCGGACCCAGGCCAUGGAGGAAACCAAGAACAUGCUGCCCGGGAGUCCCACUGAGGCCACAGAGAACUGUACUAUACAUGUUUUGAACAGCCAGACUCUGACCCAGCAUCGCCCAGGAAGUAGUCGAGCUGAACACAAGGAGACCUCACCCCUGCAUGCCCUUGGCCACGUCAUCAUGAACCAGAGCUAUGUGUGUGCUCUCAUCGCCAUGAUGGUGUGGAGCAUCACCUACCACAGCUGGCUGACGUUUGUCCUGCUGCUGUGGGCCUGCCUCAUCUGGAUAGUGCGGAGCCGUCAUCACUUCGCCAUGCUGUGUUCCCCCUUUAUCCUGCUCUACGGGCUGGCCCUCUGCAGCCUGCAGUAUGUCUGGGCCAUGGACCUGGAACCUGAGCUCCCCAAGAAGGUCGGCUUCAUGAGCCUACACCAGUUGGGGCUGGAGCGCACUCGCUACCCCUGUCUUCACCUGGGCGCCAUGCUGCUCUGCACGCUGACCUUUUGGCUCCUGCUACGACAGUUUGUGAAAGAGAAGCUACUUAAGAAGAAGCAGCCUCCAGCCACCCUCAGGGAGGUCACCGUGAGUGAGUUUGGAGAACACACACGGACCCGGGUGUUACUCAAGAAGCUGGGGGAGCUGGUGACAGACUUUUAUGCCAAGUACUGGAUCUAUGUCUGUGCCGGCAUGUUCAUCGUAGUCAGCUUUGCUGGGCGCCUCGUGGUCUACAAAAUCGUCUACAUGUUUCUCUUCCUGCUGUGCCUCACACUCUUCCAGGUCUACUACAGCCUGUGGCGCAAGCUGCUGAAGGUGUUCUGGUGGCUGGUGGUGGCCUAUACGAUGCUGGUGCUGAUCGCCGUCUAUACCUUCCAGUUCCAGGAUUUCCCCAUGUACUGGCGCAAUCUGACCGGCUUCACCGAUGAGCAGUUACAGGAUCUCGGCCUGGAGCAGUUCAGUGUGUCCAAGCUGUUCUACAGCAUCCUUAUUCCGGGCUUCUUCCUCCUGGCCUGCAUUCUGCAGCUGCACUACUUCCACCGGCCCUUCAUGCGCCUCACCGAUCUGGAGCACAUCCCUCCCCCCGGCAGUCGCCGGCUGUGGACUCAGAGGCAGGAAGAGGAUAGCCGGGCCCUGCUACAGGAUGAAGAGCUGGCCACCAGGGAGGAGCCGUGUCAGGUCGGCCGCGGUGCCGACCCCAGCCCCGGCCUGGACCCCGACAACACUGACUUGGACUCUGAAGACUUGCCCAGUAAGUGGGGCCUGGUGGCCGAGCGGCUGAUGGUGCUUGCGGGGCGCUUCUCUGACAUGCUGACCCAGGUGGAAGUGUUUGUCCGGCGCCUGCUGGAGCUCCAUAUCUUUAAGCUGGUGGCCCUCUACACGGUCUGGGUGGCCCUGAAGGAGGUAUCAGUGAUGAACUUCCUGUUGGUGGUGCUGUGGGUGUUUGCCCUGCCCUAUCCCCGAUUCCGCCAUAUGGCCUCUUGUCUCUCCACCAUCUGGACCUGCAUCAUCAUCGUCUGCAAGAUGCUCUACCAGCUUAAGAUUGUCAACCCCCAUGAGUACUCCAGCAACUGCACUGAGCCAUUCCUCAACAGCACCAACCUACAGAAGUCCGAGAUCAGCAAUUCCGUGCUCUUCCAGAAGCCAGUGGACCCUGCCAACUGGUUUGGCAUCCGAAAGGACGUCUCCAACCUAGGUUACAUCCAGAACCACCUGCUGAUCCUCCUCCUGCUGGUGUUUGAGGCCAUCGUGUACCGGCGCCAGGAGUAUUACAGACGACAGUACCAGGUCGCCCAGCCCCUUGCCCAAAUCGUCUGUCCCGAAGGCACCCGCCACCAGCUCGACCAGGGCCUGCUCAGCUGUGCCAAGUAUUUCAUCAACUUCUUCUUCUAUAAAUUUGGCCUGGAGAUCUGCUUCCUGAUGACGGUGAAUGUGAUUGGCCAACGCAUGAACUUCAUGGUGAUCCUGCAUGGCUGUUGGCUCGUUGCCAUCCUCACUCGCCGGCGCCGGGAGGCCAUCGCCCGCCUCUGGCCCAACUACUGCCUCUUCCUGGCCCUCUUCCUGCUCUACCAGUAUCUCCUGUGUGUGGGCAUCCCCCCUGCCCUCUGCAUCGAUUAUCCGUGGCGCUGGAGCAAUGCCAUCCCCAUGAACUCUGCACUCAUCAAGUGGCUUUACCUGCCAGAUUUCUUCAUGCGCCCCAACUCUACCAACCUCAUCAGUGACUUCCUCCUGCUGCUGACUGCUUCCCAGCAGUGGCUGGUGUUUGUGGCCGAGCGGACCGAGGAGUGGCAACACACAGCUGGACCCAACACGGAUUACCUUGAACCACUGCGUGGGGAACCGAACCCUGUACCCAAUUUCAUUAACUGCAGAUCCUACCUGGACAUAUUGAAAGUAGCUGUGUUCCGCUACCUCUUCUGGCUUGUGCUGGUGGUGGUGUUCAUCACGGGCGCCACUCGCAUCAGCAUCUUUGGCCUGGGCUACCUGCUUGCCUGUUUCUACCUGCUGCUCUUUGGGACAACCCUGCUGCAGAAGAGCACCAAGGCACAACUGGUGCUGUGGGACUGUCUCAUUCUCUACAACGUCACCGUCAUCAUCUCCAAGAACAUGCUUUCGCUCCUCUCCUGCGUCUUUGUGCAACAGAUGCAGAAUAAUUUCUGUUGGGUCAUCCAGGUUUUCAGCCUGGUGUGCACAGUCAAAGGCUACUAUGACCCCAAAGACAUGAGCAAGGACCAGGACUGCAUCCUGCCCGUGGAGGAGGCUGGCAUCAUCUGGGACAGCAUUUGCUUUUUCUUCCUCCUCCUGCAGCGCCGCAUCUUCCUUAGUUACUACUUCCUGCAUGUUAUGGCUGAUCUUCAGGCCACCGCGCUACAGGCCUCCAGGGGAUUUGCUCUAUAUAAGGCCUCCAUCCUCAAGAGCAUCAACUUCCACCGGCAGGCAGAGGAGAAGUCCUUGGCGCAGCUGAAAAGACAAAUGGAAAGGAUCCGGGCCAAACAGGAGAAGCAUCGUUUGGGGCGGACAUCUAGUGAAUGCCCCUCGGACCCAGAUCAAGAUCCAGAGCCAGGUGGCCCAAGCGGCUCUUCCCAAUCCACAAGGCGAUGGUGGCGGCCCUGGUUAGACCAUGCCACAGUGAUCCACUCUGGGGAUUACUACCUGUUUGAGUCUGACAGUGAGGAAGAGGAGGAGGCACUACCGGAGGAACCCAGGCCUUCAUCACAGAGUGCCUUCCAGCUGGCCUAUCAGGCAUGGGUGACCAAUCCUCAGACUGUCUUGAGAAGACGGCAGCAGGAGCAGGAACUCCAAGAGGCUGGGGAAGGUCCCUCGAUGGACCAGCAGCUGGAAGGGAACAGUGACCACCCAGAGUCUGAGCAGUCGGGGAGCCCAGAAGAAGAGGUGCCCGGCAGAAACAAUGUGAUGCAACGUCUCCUGAACAUCCUGCACUUCCUGUGGGUGCUGGGCCAGGCAGGGGUGGAUGGACUGACCCAGUGGCUCAAUACCUUCACCCGACACCAUACGACCAUAUCCACUGUGCUCCGGGCUGAACGCUAUGUCCUCACUCAGGAGCUGCUCAAGGGAGGUGAAGUUCAGCGGGGAGUGUUGGAUGGACUAUACCUAAAGGAGGAGGAAGAAGAGCUCGGACUGCAAGGCCCUUCCACUAGAGACUUCCAGAGCAGCACGGCUUCAAGUGGGUGUGGGGCAGAGGAGGUACUCAGCAGUGCGACUGAAUACACAGGAGCCACGAGCCCCCUGACCACAGGCUAUAACACUCAGAGCAACAGUGAGGAGCUCCUUGGGGGCCUAGACACCCCUGAUGAUGGAGAUUUAAUCCGGGGCUCCCAGGAGCUCCUGGCCCACCCAAGUAUCCGGACUAGGACAGCAAGUGAACUACUUCUUAACAGGCGAUUCAGGUUUGAGGAGCUGGAGGCAUCUGAGAGCUUUUAUAGGAACCAGGGCCGGACCCUGAGGCUGCUGCAGGCCCUCUACCUCUUUGUGGCGGCCCACUCAGAGCUGGUCUGUUACUUCAUCAUCAUUCUCAACAACAUGGUCACAGCCUCUGCCGCCUCUCUAGUGCUGCCUGUGCUAGUGUUCCUCUGGGCCAUGCUGUCCAUUCCCCGGCCCAGCAAGCGCUUCUGGAUGACAGCCAUCAUCUUCACUGAAGUGAUGGUGGUGAUCAAGUACCUGUUCCAGUUUGGCUUCUUCCCCUGGAAUAGUUCCUCAGUGCUGCGGCGCUACGAGAACAAACCCUACUUUGCACCAAGAAUUUUGGGCCUGGAGAAGUCUGACACGUAUAUCAAGUAUGACCUGGUCCAGCUCCUGGCCCUGUUCUUCCAUCGCUCCCUGCUGCUGUGCUACGGUCUGUGGGACCAUGAAGGGGACACGUUUACCAAGGAGCAGGACCAGGCAGAGGACCGAGACAAGGCGGUACCAGAAGAAAAGGCUGAGCCAGAGCUGCUGCCUCAGGACGAGGUGGGAGCGGAGGUCCGGGGUCAUCCCGGGGCUCAGGACGGACUUCAAGUUGAAGAUGAGAUCCAGGCCGAGGACGGGGACGGUAACGGGAGGCAGGACGGGGCCCCGGCUCAGGCCGAAGAGCCCAAGGACACAAGACGGCUCAGCCUUCGGUUUAGAAGGAAGAAGAAGGCCAAAGAGCGGGCGGCGCCAGGAGCCAUCGAGGAAGAAGAAGAGCCCAAAGGAAAAAAAGAGAAGAGGACGAGCCAUCCCCGGGAGAAGAUGAAGGCCACAGGACUCAAAAUCAGGCGCUUCUGCAAGACGCUAGUGCAGAACAUAUACCAGCCCAUACGUUGCUUCUUCUGGGACAUCCUGCAUACCCAGUACCGAGCAGCCACCGAUGUCUAUGCCCUCAUGUUCCUGGCGGAUGUGGUUGAUUUCAUCAUCAUCGUCUUUGGCUUUUGGGCCUUUGGGAAACACUCAGCUGCCACAGACAUCACGUCCUCGCUGUCGGAUGACCAGGUGCCCGAGGCCUUCCUCGUCAUGUUGCUCAUCCAGUUUGCCACUAUGGUCAUUGACCGGGCCCUGUACCUGCGUAAGACGGUGUUGGGAAAGCUCAUCUUCCAGGUCAUCCUUGUAUUUGGGAUCCAUCUCUGGAUGUUCUUUAUCCUACCUGCUGUCACAGAAAGGAUGUUCAGCCAGAAUGCUGUGGCCCAGCUGUGGUACUUUGUAAAGUGCAUCUACUUUGCCCUAUCAGCAUACCAGAUACGUUGUGGGUAUCCCACCCGCAUUCUGGGCAACUUCCUCACUAAGAAAUACAACCACCUCAACCUCUUCCUGUUCCAGGGAUUCCGGCUGGUGCCAUUCUUGGUAGAGCUGCGGGCUGUGAUGGACUGGGUGUGGACAGACACUACGUUAUCCCUGUCCAACUGGAUGUGUGUGGAGGAUAUCUAUGCCAACAUCUUCAUUAUCAAAUGCAGCCGAGAGACUGAGAAGAAAUACCCACAACCCAAAGGGCAGAAGAAAAAGAAGAUUGUCAAGUACGGCAUGGGGGGCCUCAUCAUCCUCUUCCUCAUCGCCAUCAUCUGGUUCCCACUGCUUUUUAUGUCUCUGGUGCGUUCUGUGGUUGGAGUGGUCAAUCACCCCAUCGAUGUCACUGUCACGCUCAAGCUUGGUGGCUAUGAGCCCUUGUUUACCAUGAGUGCCCAGCAGCAGUCCAUUGUGCCCUUCACACCUGACACCUAUGAAAAGCUGACCAAGAAAUUUGACCCUUUUCCGCUGGCCAUGCAGUUCAUCAGCCAAUACAGCUAUGAGGACAUCGUCACAGCUCAAAUUGAGGGCAGCUCGGGGGCCUUGUGGCGCAUCAGCCCCCCCAGCCGGGAACAGAUGAAAAAAGAACUGUACAAUGGGACCUCUGACAUCACCCUUCGGUUCACCUGGAACUUUCAGAGGGACCUGGCCAAGGGAGGCACUGUGGAGUACACCAACGAUAAACACACGAUGGACCUCACCCCCAAUAGUACCGAGCGGAGGCAGCUGGCCAGCCUGCUGGAAGGGACCUCCAACCAGCCUGUGGUCAUCCCUAACCUUUUCCCCCAAUACAUCCGUGCUCCCAAUGGUCCUGAGGCCAACCCAGUCAAGCAGCUACAACCAGAUGAAGAAAAAGACUACUUGGGGGUGAACCUGUCCUUGCAAAGGAAUCGGAUGGGAGAUGGCUUCCUGGAGUGGUGGGUGAUCACUAUUCAGGACUGUCAGCCAGACUGCAACAUCCUGCCCAUGGUCAUCUUUAGCGACAAGGUCAGCCCCCCCAGCCUGGGCUUCCUGGCUGGAUACGGAAUCAUGGGGCUGUAUGUGUCGAUUGUGCUGGUGAUUGGCAAGUUUGUGCGAGGCUUCUUCAGUGAGAUCUCUCACUCCAUCAUGUUUGAGGAGCUGCCCUGCGUGGACCGCAUCCUCAAGCUGUGCCAGGACAUUUUCUUGGUGCGGGAGACCCAGGAGCUAGAGCUGGAAGAGGAACUGUACGCCAAGCUCAUCUUCCUCUACCGCUCCCCCGAGACCAUGAUCAAGUGGACCCGGGAGAAGGACUAGGAGCCGCCCCUUGGUGUCUUCAGGCUGCGAGACAGUGUCUUCUCCCCAAUAAAGGGAGGGCUCCAGUGCCCCCCCGGCCCCCGGUGCCCUCUUGGCAAAGGCUGCGUGCUCGCCCCCAUGCAGGAGAGGCUCAGAGACUUCCUGGGCAGGGGUCUGCCCCAGCCUCCCCGCUGAGCCUUGGGAGCAGCUGGUGCUGAUGCUGCCUGCGCCUUGCAUGAGGAAGCGCCACCCAGAUGGGCCUCCAGGGCUGCUAACCUUUGGACCUGGGGGAUGAGGGCCCCCCGCCCCCCUGCCAAGCAAUAGUCUUCCAGGCCUUAUGGUCCUGCAGGCCCCUGGACUCAGCCCCAGGGUCGGGGUAUGUCUUGGCCCCCAGCUCAAGGGCAGACGGGCCUGAGUCUCCCCAGACGUACUGUAGAUUUUUCUAAUUAAAAGUGAUUUAUUUAUGCA